AUGAUUCUCCUUCGUAUUUCCCAUGCAAAGUAAGUGUGUGUAGUUUGUACAAAGCCAUAAAGGGGCUAAUACUUCAAGACUCCAUUUUUAGUUUCUAAAAGAAUUGCAUCUUCUGCAAAUGGAGUUCUCCAAAUUUACUCCCAUUCCCCCGGCACAAGUGAUGUACAAGAAUCAACUUCAAGAGUACCUACAAAAAAAUGGCAAACAGCUCCCAACUUAUAUAACAGUUAAUGAAGGUUUCACACAUGCCCCAAAGUUCAGAACAAAGGUCUUGGUUGAUGGAUCCGAAUAUGAAUCCAAGUCGACCUAUCCAACAAAGAAACAAUCUGAGCAGGCAGCAGCAAAAUUAGCUUAUGAAAGCAUUCACAACAAUGUUGAUGCUAAUGAUUUUUCACUUAUUUACAGGGAACCCAUGUUGUGCAAAUCCAUUAUCUAUGAAUAUGCUGUCAAGAAGAAUCUGGAUAGGCCAAUAUAUAACGCUAGAUAUUCAGAAGGGCCAAGCACCGUUUAUAUUUGCCACUUGACUUUGGGAGGCAAAACUUACAAAGGUGAGUUAAGUGGGAGCAAGAAAAUGGCAAAGCAAGCAGCUGCUCGAGCCGCAAUUGAAUCACUCUUAGAAACUGAUGCAGGAACUCUUUCCCAGAUCAUCAUGUCCAAAAGCAAGUGUAAUCUUGGUAUACAAACCAAAAAGGAUACUGGCACUGGUCAGAAAAUGCCACCUGAAUGCUCCGGCAAUUUACAAGGCCAAAAAGCAAGCAUUGAGAGAGCAGUUGUUUGCUUCAACACUGAAGGCAUAGGUGGUAAUUCAGGAGGUGGACCAAAGCGUAAAACUGGAACUAACAACUGGGAAAGGAACAAAAGGAGAAAAUUCGGAAACUGAUAUUUGUACUUUAUGUCCGUCUUAUGAUCUAGGUAGAGUACAUUUGGUGACUAUUGACUCAUGAACUCUAUUUUGCAAAUAUUCGAGCAUCUCUGUAUAACUUUGAUGAUACAGUAAUUUCAUUUGCUGCUACUCUCCAUCUUAA